CGGGCAGGAAGCAACAAAGGCUUCAGUUACUGCAGCAUUUGGAUACAGUCUCAGCCCAGCAUGGGGUGCUUGCUGCCUUCCUUUUAAUCAAGUUAGCUCUAAAAGUAUUUGUGACUGGGUUAUAGUGAGACUUAGGUUAGAAUAGUAUGUCCUGCUAAAAGAGAUGUCUAAUUAUACAAGGGUCAGAACAAAACCCCAAACCCCAUCUGGCCAAAUAAGAGUGUUGGAAGGAAAAAAACAAUCCAAGCUGUACACAAAAAGGAAGUCAUGGUGGGAGUGCACAUGACUGACUUUACCACCAGGGGUCAACGGUUUCACAUCUGAAAUCUUGGAUCUUCACGUGACAGACGCUUCUGACCGUCCAGCUGACAUGGACAGCACGAGCAAGAAUAAAGUGGAACAUGGACGACAGAUGCAUCAGGUCUUACAGAGCACUCCUCUGGACCUGAUUGAGACAGGAAAGUCUCUGAAAGUCCAGGCAGAGCGCCCCCACCUGGUUAGUUUGGGCAGUGGACGACUGAGCACAGCCAUCACUUUGCUGCCACUGCUGGAAGGAAGAACCACGCUGGGCAGCGAGGGGACAGAUAUCCCCCUGCAGGGCCCUGGCAUCACAGCUCAGCAUUGCUACAUAGAAAACCAAGCAGGCAGCAUCACCCUGUACCCAUGUGGAAACCAGUGCUCGGUAGAUGGCCUUCCCGUCAUCAAACCCUGUCGCCUGACACAAGGGUGCAUGCUGUGCUUUGGUCAGUCAACUUUUUUCCGCUUCAACCAUCCAGAGGAGGCCCUGAGGAUGAAGAGCAUGAUGCCCGGAGGAAGCCACGGACCGAGCAACACAAAAACCAUGCCUGCUGACUCCCAUACAGUCCUGAAUGGGAACUAUCAGUCUUUUACAAGCAACGGCGACUUCAAAAUCAACAACACAGCAGAGAACCUCCAGGACUCCCUGGUGCUGAAGGCCUCAUCAUCAUCAUUAGGAUCUGGCAAACAACAUUUUCCUCAGCCCUCUCAUCCAAACAUGCACAAUGGGAGAAACAACUUCACAACAAACAGAAAACAACCUGGCAGCAAAACCCCUCCAGCACCUUCCCGGUCCACUCAUUCCAAACACAGUCCUGUCACCCAUCCACGGACCUCACUCUCUGUCACCUCAAGCAGUACUAAUGGUGGUCAGAGGGCCCUGGAGAGCCCAAAGCUUCUUAGGAAUGUCAGGGCAGAGGCCACAUCCAGCACCACACUGCCUAGCAGGGGGUCAGGGCAGGGCACAGAAAACGCUAACCUAACUCACAAAUCAUCCUCUGUCAAAGUUUGCCCAACAGCUCCAUCCAGCUCUCGAGUAAUAGGUUCUUCCCUACAGAAGAGACCUCCCAGCCCCAUACAGGGUCAGUAUCUCCCCCAUGUAGAUGUCCCUCAAAGGCCCAAGACUCCAGAGCCAAAUGGAUCCACCAGCCUGAGAGAACUUCCUUGUAUCAGCCCUCACACAUCCCAAACAGGGACUCCAGCAUCACAGGCCUCAGCUUUCUCUCUUGCCUCACAAGGCUUCACUGGUAAACCAGCGCCGGAGAGCCCCCAGGGCCAUCGCAAGCUCACGACAAAAGCAGAAGUUAUGAGGGCACUGUACACCCAGAGUCCAUCACCACUCUCAGGGCUGGAGAAGGAUCCUGGAUACAGACAUUUAAGGCCAGGGAGUGCCGUUAUGUCAGGCUUGAGUUCUGUGCCUGGUUCAUCUCCUGUCACAAGCCCUCAUAACCAAAGAAAAGCCUCCUGCAUGACCGUGAUAGGACCCUCCAACAAAGAACAGAGUCUUAUGAAACCAUAUACCCGGGAACGUAAGAACAGCAUCUCUGAGAUCAGUGACAAUGAAGAUGAGCUGUUGGAAUACCACCGCUGGCAGAGAGAGGAGAGGCUGCGUGAGCAGGAAAUGGAGAAGCUGGAGCGGCAGAGGCUGGAGUCCAUCCUGAAUUUGUGUGCGGAGUAUAAUCAAGAGGACAGUGUUGCGGAGCUGACGGAGGUGGGGAGGAGUGGACUGCUGGGGAGUGUUAGAGGAACCUGCUCAGACACAGCAGGGGAGAUGUCCCUUCGUAGAGUAGACAGACCCCACAUGAGAGAGAAUGAUGAAGAAACCCAGAGAGAGGAGUCUAGCAGCACAGAGAGCACACACCAAGAGUGUGAAGAGCUGUUAGCUGGUCAGGAGCAGGUCUAUUUGGAAGAGGAGAGGAACAAGAUUGUGGCCAGGGUCGAUGACUUAAAGCACAGAGUUGGUGAACUGGAGCAGCAGCUACAGGAGACCAAACAGGAGGUGGAGAUGGAGCAAGCCCUGCUGCAGGCAGAGCAUCAGGCAGAGCAGGAGCAGGUGGAGGCUGAAAAUGAAAUCAUCUCUCAGCUGCAGCUCAAACUCAGCCAACUGGACAAGGCCACCCAGAAAGCAAAGGACACAGGCAGGGCUAAUGUGUCGGCUGAGCGGAAGGUCCUGGAAAAGCAGAGGAAUGAAUACAAUGAGCUGAAGAGGCAGUUUGAUAAAUGCCCCUUGUCUCUAAGGGAACAGUUACAGGAGCAGCUCAGCAGGAAAGCUGAGGCCCUGGAAUCUGGGACCAAGCAAUUUGAGGAACUCGAGUUCUGCCAGCUGGAGGAGGAGAGCAGUCUGGAGGAGAAGAAGGAGACUCAGAGCUCACAGCUUCUCCAAGAGCGAGCUGAGUAUUAUUGCAGCAUGAGGAACAGGAAGGAGAAGAUGGCCGCUCUGGAAGCUCAGGUGAAGCAGCUGGGGCUGCAGGCGGCUCAGGACUGUGAGAGGAUGGCUAAAGACAGGACAGUGACUCUGCAGCUGUUACACAGUGAGCAAGACAGACUGUGCACCCUGGAGAAGAGAUACCGCUCUUUGACAGGAGGAAGAAGCUUUCCAAAGCACGAUGGCAGUAUGAAAGAGCUACUGAAGUCCAAAUCAGAUGACGAGGUUGGUCGGGGAGCAUCAUGCACUCAUGUCAGCAGUGCUGCAGCCCUGCCACACUCCAGUGGUGUCGCUCCUGAGAAAACUGCAUCAACCAAGGGGUUACAGUUAGUAGGGAGAGAGAUGUCAAAUCCAUUAGACAUGGAGUCCAGGAGGCAGUUGGCUUUGCAGAGCAAAGAUGUGUCUCCCACAGUCCAUCGCUCCAUCCUGCAUCAUCAGUCGCCACCGAGUGGAAACCAAGCGUAUGACACUCUCAGCCUGGAGAGCUCAGACAGCAUGGAGACCAGCGUCUCCACCGGCAACUCUGCAUGUACCCCAGAAAGUGCCUGUGGGGUAGAGGCCCAGAGGAUAGAAGAGAUGGAGAAGAUGUUGAAAGAAGCACAGCAGGAGAAAGCCAGGCUCAUUGAGAACCGAGAGAGGGAGGUGCAGGCUCGGUGGCAGAUGUUGGAGGAGGAGCGGAGGAGGCGAGAGGAAGCUGAGAGAAGGCUCCAGGACGAGACGGCCCACAGACAGAGGCUGGUGGAGGAGGAGGUGAAGAUGAGAGAGAAACACUUCUCCCAGGCCCGUCCAAUGACACGUUAUCUACCCAACCGUAAAGAAGAGUUUGACCUGCGUGCUCAUGUGGAGUCGUCUGGCCACAGCAUAGAUACCUGCCCCUACGUCAUCCUCACAGAGAAGAUGUGUAAGGGCCACCUGGUGAAGAUGGGUGGCAAAAUCAAAUCUUGGAAGAAACGCUGGUUCGUUUUUGACCGUCUCAAGAGGAACUUCUGCUAUUACGUGGACAAGCAUGAGACCAAGCUGAAAGGGCUCAUUUACUUUCAGGCGAUUGAAGAGGUUUAUUACGAUCACCUCCGCAGUGCCACCAAGAGCCCCAACCCGACUUUGACUUUCUGUGUGAAAACCCACGACCGUCUCUACUACAUGGUGGCGCCGUCCCCAGAGGCCAUGAGAAUCUGGAUGGAUGUCAUAGUAACAGGCGCCGAGGGUUACACACAGUUCAUGAGCUGAGGGACCACUGGGUGACAGAUCGGGGGGAUGACAUGGACCGAGUGAGCACCCAGACACCUGUGAGCUGAUCUGAGCUGCUCUGUGCUGGAGCUGGAAUCACCAGGAUGCACAGCCUCAUGGUCUAUAACGGACAGAGAUGAAUAAACUGGUGCUCUCAUUAUAAGUCUGAUGUGUCUGAGGACUUAAUAAUGACAGAGGUGCAUUUAUGAAAGAAUCUAUGAGUUGUACUUAUCUUUCAGCCAGUAUGAGUUUGAAGAAGCUGCCAGUGGAUUCAUGCAGGGAGCCCGGUGGAGACAAAACUACAUCAGUCACAUUCUGUUGCCAAAAUAUACCACUAUUAAUUACAAUAUCAUUUUUGAUAAACAUUUCAUAUAAGCUCAAACUGUUUACACCUCUGAAGUUGACCUAUGCAUGCAGUGUUAUCACUCUAACUGAUGCUUUUCCUUUUGAUACCUUUGUAUUUUUUUCAGAGUUUAACUUUUCUCACAUGAAAAAAGAAUCUCUUAAGGAUUUAGUAGCAAAUAUUCUUAAAAUAUUUUAAAAGUCACAUUUCUUAUUCAGCUAAACAUUACUUAGAGCCAAAUAAUUUGUGUAAUGUUUUGUAAGAUUUUUAGAAUACAAAUUUUAAUGUCAUUCUGUACUGUAUAUUGUUUCAAAAGCUUUUCAUUCAGACAACUAACAAAGCAUUCAUGUGUUCGUGUUUUACACUACUACGUCAAAUAAAGCAUUCUAUUAGCGUUUUAACAAACUACAUAAAUUAUAGUCCUGUAAUGAUACUGUAAAUCUAGCGUGUACAUCUAAUAAAUAAAAAUGUGACCCAAAUCCAUUGCUUGGCUUG